AUGGUAGCAACAGCGUACUGGUCUUGUAUAAAGGCGACACCAGGACGAUUGAUAACAAGGCCUUCUCCUUCAUUGCCCCAUGAGUCUACAAUCCGAUUAAGCCGUAAUUCUCCAAGAAUUCGAACAAAAAUCAUGAACAGGGAUUUCAAUAACAAUCGCCCAAUUAUCUUUUGUUGUACUGAGUUUAACACAUCCACAAAAUCAUCAGAAGAAGGAGCUAUAGCGACGACACUGCCACCGUCGACAAUGGUGACAACCAAUGUUCCGAUGAGAAAGGCGAGGAGGAGGUAUAGGAAGCUAUACCCAGGUGAGAAAGAGGGUAUUACUGAAGAAAUGAGGUUUGUCGCUAUGAAACUGAGGAACUCUAAGCCCAAGGUUAGGAAUUGUACUGACAUCAAUAAGAGUGAUGAUGCUGAUGUUGCUGAUAACGUUGAGGCGAUUUCAUCGUCGCUGGAUGAGGAUGGUAAUGGCGAUUGUGGUGGUGGUUGGGAGCCCAGUAUGGAGGGGUUUCUCAAGUACCUCGUUGAUAGCAAGCUUGUUUUCAGUACGAUUGAGCAAAUUGUGGACGAGUCCAGUGAUGUUUCUUAUGCCUAUUUCAGAAAGACUGGAUUGGAACGAUCAGAAGGUCUGUCAAAAGAUCUAGAAUGGUUUAGCCAAAGGGAUAUUGUGAUUCCAGAACCUAGUAAUCCUGGAGUUACUUAUGUCGAAUAUUUGGAGCAACUUGCAGAGAAGAGCCCCCCAUUAUUUCUCAGUCACUUCUACAAUAUAUACUUCUCGCAUAUAGCAGGUGGUCAAGUAAUCACUAAACAGGUCUCUAAGAAACUCUUAAAAGGAAGAGAGCUGGAGUUCUAUAGAUGGGAGGAGGAUGCGGAAGAGUUGUUGAGGGGUGUUCGAGAGAAGCUCAACAUGCUCGGAGAGCACUGGACUCGAGAUGAGAAAAAUAAGUGUCUAAGAGAAGCAACAAAGUCAUUCAGGUUUUUGGGGCAGAUUAUCCGCUUGAUCAUCUUGUGA